AGCGGAGGUUAGCUCACUAAACGCCGACCGCCCGAAGCGAUUCCCGGACGUCAUGUUUUGCUUCGCACGCUGCAUGUCCCUCUCUCCGCGCGCACACCAGCACCCACGAGCGCAUCAAGAUGGGGCUGGAGCCGGAACAAGCAGACGCACAAGACAAACCCGCUCGACAGCGGAAAUCACACACCAAGUCUCGGAAGGGCUGCGGGAACUGCAAGCUGAGAAGAGUAAAAUGCGAUGAGUCUCGGCCACAAUGUAGAAGAUGUGUCAAUUUCGGCGUCGAGUGCGAUUACGAUGCCGAUGCAGCUCCCGCGCUACAGUCGCGUGGCGAAGGCGCACUCGUCUUCACCAGCAUCCCCCACAGCCUCGGACCGGGCCUGGGGCCAGAAAGUCCAAGAGACUCGCUUUCGCCAGAGCACAAAGACGAUCCACUGGUGCCCAUGCUCGGACUCCGCCUUGCUUUACACGAAUCCAGCGAGGAGUAUUGCGUAACACAGGACGACGUGGACAUUCUACGUUCAUUCCUCAAUCGCACCGUCUACACCGUGGGGACGGCGCAGAGCAUGGACACGUAUCGGCGAGAGCUGCCACAAUUGUGUCUCAAGUCUUCUCAUCUCAUCCACGUAGUGUUGGGCAUGACCUUGAUGCACAUCAGAUACAUCGCCGCAACUGGCUCCUGGCCGGGCGAGCCCUCACAAAAGGAGACGUUUCACACCUACCACGGCACUGCGCUUUUUAGCGUGCUGCUCGCGCAGGAGCCCGUCCGAGAAGAAGACAAGGACGCCUUGUGGGCAUGCGCGGCACUCCUGGGCUGCAUCACCAUUGCCGGCAUCGAUGCAAAAACUCCGGAAGAGGCAUGGCCGUUGCGAGACGACCGCAUUGCCGAUCUGGACUGGCUGCGCAUGAGCGACGGCAAGAAACAGGUGUGGAAGGUGGUCGAUCCGCUGCGCCCCACGAGUGUGUGGAGAGAAGUGAUGAGCUUCGCAGGACAACAGGACCCGGAGCCGCGCAGCCAUGUGCCGGAGCUCGACAUGCUGUUCCCGUUUCUCACGAGCAUCUACGACUUCAAUCCGCUCGUUUCGAAGCCGGAAGAGGAGCAGGAUCCUUAUCACACUGCAGCGUCCAUCCUUGUGCGGUUGUUGGAGCUCGACUGCAACCACUCGACCAUCAUGUACUUUCUCUCCUUCCUGGGCCACAUGGAUCCACGUUUCCGCGCGUUACUCCACAAGAAAGAUCCCAAGGCUCUGCUGUUGCUGGCGUGGUGGUACGGGAAGAUGUGUCAGUAUAAUGUGUGGUGGCAAAGCCGGCGGAUGGUCCUUGAGGGACAGUCAAUCUGCAUGUAUCUGGAGCGCUGGCAUUCCGACCGACCGGAGAUGAUCAAAUUGCUGGACUACCCCAAGGUUAUGACGGGAAUGAUGCGGGCGUGAAGACUGCUGUGCUGGCGCGGAUAUCUAAUGGUCACGUGUCGUUGGGGUAGGAUGGAUGAUGCGUUGUCAUGUAAUAUAGGGAGACAAAGGACCGAUCGAAUGGUCAAUUUGGAUUCGGUAGAUUCACGGACUGGCUCCAGCUUGGACCAUCUCACGUAAGGUGACACCUCCAAGGAGGUCAUCGAAGAUCCAUUACUCCCCCUUGUCGCACGAGUUACGUACCUGUAUAUGUCAGGGCUGCUGACCAUGCCAGCGAUCAUC